UUCAUUCUUCCUGGAAAACCUGAUCUUUGACCAGAUGGCAGUAACAUUUGAAGAUGUAACUGUUACAUUUACUUGGGAGGAGUGGAAAUUCUUGAAUUCUUCUCAAAAGAAGCUCUACAGAGAGGUCAUGUGGGAGAACUACACAAAUGUCAUGUCAGUAGGAAAGUGGAAUGAGAGCUGUAAACCCCAAGAAGAAAGAUUCAGAUAUUUAGAACAUGACAGUCUUCCCUGCUGGAAAGGCUGGAGGAAUGCCAGCACUCAGGUAUAUGAAAAUCAGAACUAUGUGGAAACUGUUCAAGAGGUAUAUUCCAAGGACCUAAUGCAGCAAGACCUUUCCCACUGCCAAGAAUGGUUAAUACUCUCUACACAAGUACCAAGAUACGGAAACUAUGAACUGACUUUUGAAGACAGAAGUCCCAGGAGCUUUAAAUAUAAAAAGUUUAUACCUUGGCAGUCCUUAGAAACAAAAAACACUAAAAAUUAUGGGAGAGAAAUUUACACGAGUGAUUCACAUGGUUUUCAAGGAAACAGAUACCAUCUUGCCAUAUCCAGGAAAAGUUUCUCUUUGGAAAAAGAACAGAAGCUCAUAGUUCAUCAUUCAUAUGUCCCAAUAGAAGAAGCCCUUCCAGAGUUCAUUGGUGAGAUAUACCAAAAUGGCCUGCUGAAAGACUCUAUGGAAGAGAAAUACUGUGGAUGUAGUAAUUGUAAAGAAAUUUAUUACUGGAGCUCACAGUGUGUUCUCCACAAGAGAAAUCCAUUUGGAGAAAAACUCUAUCAAUGCUCCAUCAGCACAGCAUGCUUCUCUCAGAGAUCAGACCUGUAUAGACAUCCAAGAAUCCAUAUAGGUAAGCAUCUGUACAGAUGUGAUGAAGUUGACAGUCACUUUAGUCAGAGCUCAGGUGUUCACUUUCAUCCGACAGUCCACACGGGGGAGGUACCUUACAUAUGUAAUGCGUGUGGUAAGAGUUUCUGUCAGAUCUCUAGUCUUCACAGUCAUCAAAGAGUCCACACAGAAGAGAAACUGCAUAAAUUUGAGUGUAAUAAGGACCUCAGUAGAAAUUCGUUACUUCACAUUCAUCAGAGACUUCACAUAGGAGAUAAACCUUUUAAGUGUGAUCAGUGUGGUAAGAGUUUUAGUCGGAGUUCAGUACUUAAUGUUCAUCAGAGAGUCCACACAGGAGAGAAACCAUAUAAGUGUGAUGACUGUGGAAAGGGCUUCAGUCAGAGCUCAAAUCUUCGAAUUCAUCAGUUAGUCCACACAGGAGAGAAGUCCUAUAAAUGUGAUGACUGUGGUAAGGGCUUUACCCAGCGCUCAAAUCUUCAAAUUCAUCAAAGGGUACAUACAGGAGAGAAGCCGUAUAAAUGCGAUGACUGUGGAAAGGACUUUAGUCACAGCUCAGAUCUUCGUAUUCAUCAGAGAGUCCAUACGGGGGAAAAACCCUAUAUUUGUCAUGAAUGUGGUAAGGGCUUCAGCAAAAGUUCAAAGCUUCACACUCAUCAAAGAGUACAUACUGGAGAGAAACCCUAUAAAUGUGAAGAGUGUGGUAAGGGAUUUAGUCAGCGUUCACAUCUUCUCAUUCAUCAGAGAGUCCACACAGGAGAAAAACCCUAUAAAUGUGAUGAUUGUGGAAAGGGCUUUAGUCACAGCUCAAAUCUUCACAUUCAUCAGAGAGUCCAUACUGGAGAAAAACCUUACCAAUGUGCUAAAUGUGGUAAGGGUUUUAGUCAUAGCUCGGCUCUUCGAAUUCAUCAAAAAGUCCACACGGGAGAGAAACCUCAUAAAUACCACGAAUAUUAUAAGAGAUUUGAUCAAAAUUCACAUCUUCACAGUAACCACAUAAGAGAAACCUUAUAA